CUUUACCACAGUAGGCUGCGCGACUCGAGGCUUCGCUUUUCUCCACAAUAUCCUUGCGUAUCAAAACAUCCCAGUCGCCAACAGAGUUACCAUUAUGCCAUUAUGACCAGCGGUGUCAAACGCUCAUUCUUCACCAAGCCAGCAUGGGCUGCCCCUGCCGCCUCGGCGCCUGCGAAGGAAGAGUCCUCAGUCUUCGGCCGAAAUGAUAUCUACCGUGACAUCCUACAGGCUGAACACGCGAAGAAGGAAAAGAAGGCUGCAAAGGCCAAACACAGAACUGGAAAGCAGGACAGCGAAGGGCCAGAGGCGAAGAAGAGGCGGAUAUCUAGCGACCCUGCAGACGCAAAAGACCCCAGCUAUGGCUCAGAUGCAGAAAGCGUCUCGAGCCAGACAAGUCUCAAGACUGAGAAGCAAAGUCAAGAUCGGCCGGUGACUCGAAGCACACCUCGCAAGCAGACGUCGGGGAGCAAAGGUCUCGAGGAAUCACCAACAAGCCGCAAGUCGCCGUCUACAAGGGAGAGUUCCAGACGCGAUACCGUUAUACUCCACGACGGCGAUCAACAGUCGGAUGACGACCUAGUGAUAUGGACACCUGUGAAACCCUCGAAGCCGUCCCCUGCUAAAAGAAAACCCAAGCCGCCGUCCGAGGACGAAGAAUCAGAAGAAGAAGACCCUUACGUGCGCGAACUGAAGGCCAAAGCUCGCGAGAAGGCUCGCCUGCAGAAAUUAGGCAUCGAACCAGACCGACCCAAAACACCUCUCACCACAUUCUCCCCGGCGGUCGGCCGCACGAGGUCUUCAUCAGUAGAAAAGCCUCAAAGCCGUCCACUCUCGUCUAAUUCCGCGCAAGACUUCAAUCGAGCCACUCCAGUCUCCGAACAAGAAGACGACCCUCAAGUCCGAAUCCUCAUACAAUCCGACAUACCCGAUACCAAACCGCUCAUCGUCAAGCGCAAAGCUUCACAGUCUCUCAAACAAGUGAAAGAGUUCUGGUGCAAAAAGUGGGGUCUGCACGACUCCGUGACGAGAAAAGUCUUCUUCACUUGGCGGGGGACCAGGCUGUUCGACUCGACGACGAUGCGCGGGAUCAUUCUGAAGCUCAAGAAAGACUACAGGCAGCAGAGUGCAAGCGUAGGUCUAGACGGUGACGAAGACGAAGACAAAGACCCCAGCGAAGGAAAUAUCAUGCUUGAGGCCAUGACGCCGGAGAUAUACGAGGACAAGCAGCGACAAAAGGAGCGGGAGCAGCAGGCGCAGGCACAGCAGGAUGAGGAACACGAAGAGGAUGAGGCACCUACGCCCGCUCCAGCCGAUGACGGCGCAAUUGUGAUUCGGCUUGUCGCGCAGAACCUUGAGCCUAUGCAGUUGCGUGUGCGGCCACAUACAACUAUGGCGAAGAUCAUGCGUGGGUUUGCGGCGACGAGGAAAGUUGAUGAGGGAAAGACGCCAUGGUUAAUCUUUGAUGGUGAGAGGCUGGAUCCGGAGCAGACGGUGGAAGAUGUCGGAUUGGAAGAUGAAGAUGGGGUGGAAGUUAGUAUACGGUAGUACGGUGGUUUCGGCACCCAAUGAGACACGAUAUGAUCAAAGAUGGAUGUCCC